AUGACGAGUCGAAAUCUGACAUCAAAUUUUUUAGAAUUUCGGAAUCGAGCUGUUCGAGAUAGAAAUUACAAUACGGAUGAUAAAUCAACCGAUGAUCGUACGGCGUUGAUUGAAAAUGAAGAAGAAAUUGUACAAUUUGAAAAUAAUUUACCACCAAGCUGGAUAGAAACACAAAGACGUAUUCAAUUACAAUUUGAUCAAGUUCGGAGUCGAAUGAAAAGACUAACACAAUUACAUGAUAAACAUUUAACUCGACCCGAUUUCGAUGAAAAUUCAAGUGAAGAAAAGGAAAUUGAAUCAACCACCAAAGACAUUACAGCAAUGUUAAAUAGUUGUCAUAUCUCCGUUCAACAAAUUUCCAAUCAAACAAAUCAGUCACAAACAAAUGUGUAUGAUAAACGUUUAGCAAAUAAUAUUGUACAAGCGACAGCCUCAGCACUACAGGAUUUAACCAUAAAAUUUAGAAAAUGUCAGUCGAAUUACCUUCAUAAAUUACAAGCACGAAAAGAAAAUUUUAAUAAAACUAUGCCAGAUAUGGAAAUUGAUAUUCAUUCAAAUCCCUUUGGUGAUCAAGAUAGUAAAAGCAAUUUCGAUCAAAUAUCGCUCACUUCUGAAGAUCAACUACAAUUAACCAGUCAAAAUGUGCAGUUUUUAGAAAAACGUGAUAAAGAAAUCAAAGAAGUAUUGAAAUCAAUUGAAGAUGUGAAUGAAAUAUUUCGAGAUGUAGCAUCUAUUGUAGCUAGUCAAGGUACGAUACUUGAUCAAAUCGAUUAUAAUAUUGAAAAUGCUGUAAUUCAAGUUGAACAAGGCAAACAACAUUUACAAAAAGCUGUUGAACAUAAAAAACGUGGAUUAAAAUUUAAAUUAAUCUUAAUCGGUAUUGGAGUAUCGAUACUCCUAUUCAUUAUUUUUAUAACUGUUAUUAGUAGAUAA